AUGAACUGCAAUCUGGAAGACUUGGGUCAUCAGGGGCCUACUUUCACUUGGCAUAGAGGCAGAUUGAAGGAACGUCUUGAUAGAGUUUGUGCGAAUGAGCAGUGGCAAUUGUCCUUUCCUGACAGGGUUGUGACUCAUCUUCCCUGCUACUGCUCGGAUCAUAGACCUCUUCUUCUCUGGGAGGGUCCUUCUCCUCACCAUCCUGGAGGGAGCCGUCCAUUUAGAUUUCUGGCAGCCUGGCUCACUCAUGAGGAUUUCCCUGGCCUAGUGCAGGAGUGUUGGAAUGGGAGUACAGGUUGGGGCACAGCUAGUGAAACUUUUCGAUCGAAUGCUUCUCACUGGCAUAGGGAGUGCUUUAGGGAAGAUGCCAAGCUUAAGAAUAAUCUUCAGGCAAGACUAAGGGGUAUUGACCGUAGUCUUAGUCACCAUCCUUGCCAUGCUCUAGAAAUUCUGCAGAAAGAUCUUUGGCGUCAGUUGAAUCUCAUUUAUAUUCGGGAGGAUCUUACUUGGUUUCAGCGGUCUAGGGCUAGCUGGUUGAAAUAUGGUGACCGGAAUACGAAAUUCUUCCAUUCUACUACAGCUGCUAGGAGGAGGAGAAAUCGUAUUGAUGCUCUGAAAAAUGAUGCAGGUGAUUGGAUUGGUGAUCCCUCUAUUCUGAUGAAUAUGGCGGUGGAGUAUUAUCGUAAUUUGUUUAAAGAGGAUAAUACUGCUAGACCUGGGCUUCCAAUUAGAGGCUAUUUUCCUCACCUUGUGCAAGAGCACAACAUUCAUAUUGGUAGCAUUCCUUCGAAUGAGGAGAUUAGGAGUACAAUGGAUAAAGUUGUUAUGCCUAACCAGUGUAGUUUCAUCAAAGGAAGGCAAGGGACAAAUAAUGUAAUUAUUGCUCAGGAAAUUAUUCACUCUAUGAGGUCAAAGAAAGGCGCCAAAGGUUGGAUGAUGAUUAAGGUGGAUCUGGAGAAAGCUUAUGACAGAAUUAGCUGGGACUUUCUCCGAGAUACUCUUCAGGAUGUGGGACCCCCCCCAAAUCUCAUUAAUCUUGUUAUGUGGUGUGUUUCUUCUUGUUCGAUGAAUGUUCUUUGGAAUGGUUCUACAACUCAGGAGUUUUUCCCAUCCAGGGGGCUUAGACAGGGUGACCCUUUGUCCCCAUAUUUAUUUAUUCUUUGUAUGGAGCGACUUGGUCAUCUCAUUUCCCAUGCAGUUAGGCAAAAGUGCUGGAAGCCGAUCAUGUUGAGGAGAAAUGCUCCUCCCAUUUCUCACCUAUUUUUUGCGGAUGAUCUUAUUCUUUGUGCGGAUGCAUCCUUUGAUCAGGCCCAAACCAUUUCCAAGGUGCUAGAUGAUUUUUGUCUUUCUUCUGGGCAAAAGGUUAACCAUGAAAAAACAAAAAUUCUCUUCUCCCACAAUGUGAAUCAUAUUUUGGCAGAGGAACUUAGUGGUGAGUUGGGCUUCUCAAGGACGGUGGAUCUUGGAAAGUAUCUGGGUAUUCCUCUUCAUCAUCGCAGAGUUGGGAGGGCGGCUUUCAGUCAUAUCCUCGAUCGAGUUCAAUCUAGGAUUAAUGCCUGGAACCACACCAGUCUUUCUCUAGCAGGAAGAAUUACACUUUCGAAAGAUGUUCUCUCAGCUAUUACAGCCUACACAAUGCAAGUUUCUGUUGUUCCUCUCGGAAUCUGCAAUGAUAUUGAGAAACAUAUUAGGAGGUUUUUGUGGGGUUCCAAUAGAGCAUCUACUCGUCCUCAUCUGGUUGCGUGGGAUCAGUUAUGCAUGGAUAAAGAUCAUGGAGGGCUGGGUCUGAGGAAAAUGAAGGAAGUUAACAGGGCUUUUAUUAUGAAAAUUGGUUAUGGGAUCCUUUCUAAUCCAGACGCGCUUUGGGCUAGAGUUUUAAAGAGCAAGUAUAAAGUUCAGUCUGAUUUGGUUCCUAAUAUUUCUGCUACUCGGAAUAGCUCCUCUCUUUGGAAAGCAAUUGUUUCGUCUUGGCCUGUGAUAUUACAGCAUUCCAGAAUUUUGCUAGGUAAUGGAAAUUCUACUCAUUUUUGGGAUGACCCGUGGGUUCCGGGUUGUGGUGCACUCUCAUCCUAUGCUGCUAUUUCUGAUCCCUCUCAGAUAAAUCAUCAGCUAAUGGUCUCUGAUCUUGUCUCAUCCUCCGGAAGUUGGAUGUGGGGGGCUUUCCAGCAUAGUCUUCCCGAUCACGUCAAUGCUCGUAUUAAUAACAUCCUUCCUCCUUCGGAUGUUAAUGGUCAUGACCGAAUUUUGUGGACAAGGACAUCUGAUGGGAGUUUUUCGCUGAAGUCCGCUUAUAUGGCCAUAUCCAGGGGUAACGAGGAAUCUACCAAUUUACCUUGGAAUCGCGUUUGGCAGUGGCAUGGACCUGAACGGAUUCCUAGGAAUAAGAAAAUUUUUCAGGGAUCUUCUGUUCCUGCUUAUGGCACUUUUAGAGCUGCUAUGGUCUAUGGUGAAGAUUUUUCUUGGUCAGAAAACACGCUUCGGGUUGCUGGUCUUGAGACUAACUCGAAUAAAGAGAAAUUAGUUUCUUGGGUUUUUCCUUCGGACCCUUGGGUUAAGCUCAAUGUGGAUGGGUCAAGUAUGAAUAAUGGAGAAGCUUCUGCUUGUGGGGGUGUAUUUAGGAAUGCUAAUGGAAGGUGGCUUGUUGACUUUUGUAAAAAUCUUGGCUGUG